GCGCGCUGCGAUCGGCGGACGAAAUUGGUACGAACUUGCCAAUUUAUAAAGUUUACACCCGUGCUUUUGCGGCGUUUCUGGAGUACGUCCAGAACUUUUGCUAACUUACACAGCAGCCGACCGUUCGGAAUCAAACAUUUCCCUGAAGGAAACCACCGCACACCGCAUCCCCGUCAGUCUGCAAGAGUUUGCAGAUAUCCCAUUUCAGACAACGUUGCUUUGGUAAAACUCUAAAUCAUCAGGAAUGGUAAUGGAGGCUACCCCAUCUCCCCAGAGUGUUGGCCGUGAGUUUGUUCGGCAAUACUACACACUCCUCAACAAGGCUCCGACACAUCUGCAUAGAUUCUACAACCAUCAGUCGUCGUUCGUGCACGGCGGGCUGGACCCGCCCAACCGCGAGACCAGCCCGGUCGUCGGCCAGAAGCAGAUCCACCAGAAGAUCCAGCAGCUGAACUUCCGCGACUGCCACGCCAAGAUCACGCAGGUCGACUCGCAGGCGACGCUCGGCAGCGGCGUCGUCGUCCAGGUGACCGGCGAGCUGUCGAACGCCGGCCAGCCGAUGCGCCGUUUCACGCAGACGUUCGUUUUGGCCGCGCAGAGUCCCAAGAAAUACUAUGUGCACAACGACAUCUUCCGCUACCAGGACGAGAUCAUCUCGGACGAGGAGUGCGACACGGACGCGCGCAGCGAGCCCGAGGACGACGGCGUCGCGGCUCCGGAACGCCAGCACCUGAACGAGGUGGCGGCCGUGCAGCAGCUCGCCGCCCAGCAGCAGGGCGGCGGUCUGCAGACCUACUACGCGAACGCGACCGGUCCCGGCCCGAUCCAGCAGUCGUUGCCGCCGCAGGUGGCGUCCGCGGUGCCGCCGCCGGCCGCCCACCAUCACCACCAGGGCGUCGCCGGGUCGCACGUGCUCAGCGCCCAGCAGGUCGCUCAGCCGCCGGCCGUCAACGGGGCCGUUCAUCCCGACGACAUCAACGUGCUGUCUGGACAAGUACCGUCACACGUUGCGUCAGGUCAAACCCAACCGUUGGCCACCCCAAUUCCGCCUACUCUUCAGCAACAACAAGCCAAUAUUGUCACAGCUCCACUUAACCCGCCUGCACCAAUUGAAGAACCGUCACAGGUGAUCGAUGAACCUUCCGAGGACCCCAUAGAUCAGGGCUUCGGCGACAACCACGACGUAGAACAGGAGCAGGAGCCGGAAACAACUGAAGUAUCCAACGAGCCCAAAACCUGGGCCAACCUCCUCAAGUCUCCGUCGGACAAGCCGUCGAUUCCCUACAGCGGCGUAUCGCAAGGUUCUUCAUUGUCUUUAACUCAACCACUUAGAUCCAACUCUCCGCCUUCCAUGAACAACCAGGGCCUGGGUCUCCGAAACAAUCAAAACAACCGGGGAGUGCCGAGGAUCAGCCAGCAACAGCAGCGUCUCCCCAGGCAGGACGCGGGCAGGGGCGUCCCCGGAAGGAUUUCCAUCAACGAGGACGAGGACAGGAGACGCCCGCAAGGCGGCUUCAACAAUGACAUAAACCAGUUGUUCUUGGGUAAUUUGCCGCAUUCGGCUACCGAGGAGGAUUUGCGCGAGAUCUUUAACGAGUUCGGCACCAUCUUGGACCUGAGAGUGCACAGCAAGCCCAACGCCAAGGUUGGCGGUCCGGGUGGCAGGGCGCCGCCCAACUACGGUUUUAUCACCUAUGAGACGCAGCAAAGUGUGCAACUCUGUCUGUCAGCCAAGCCUAUCUUCUUCCCGAAAGACGACAAGAACGGCGUCAUCCUGAACGUGGAGGAGAAGAAACUGAAGGACAGACAGCCGUACAGCGGCGGCGGCCGCCCAAUGUCGGACGGCAACCGGGGCGGCCCUCGCGGCGACAACGCCGGCCCCCGACGAGGUGGCCUGGGCGGCGGACCGGGCGGUCCCAACCGCAACAGCGCCGGCGGCCCGGGCGGCCAGAACAACGGCCCCAACAACCGGAACAACAACUACAACAGAAGCGGUGGCCCUCCGAACCGGGGACAGAACACGUACAACAACCGCCGCUAGCCCCCCGUCUUCGCACUGUCGGUGCUGCUUAAUGGCGGCGGCGGAGAACCACCAUCAACUUUCUUCUGCCCGUCGGCGGUCACAAACAACUUCAUUUCUGACCAUCGGUAGUGAAACAACAACAACAACAACAUAAUAAAUAAUAAAUCAAUAAACUUUUUACGUUUAAACCUAAACGAGUGGACAAGGACAUUGUACAGUGUUUUGAGAGGAAUGGAGCCGUAUAAUUAGUGCCAAUAGUGGACUUGUUUUAGCUGUGGUGUAUUUCAAUUUCAAACCAUUCUCCAAGGAAUCAAACACGCAAAUUUUGUAUCAGUACAAAUAACCCGAAUGCGCCUGUUGACCACCUCCCUCACCCAACAGUAAAUCGAUGUCUGAACAUACUCAGGAGGGUGCCAUCAAAAUUCAGUUACUUAGAUAGGUGUGUGUUGACUAUUGUCCACUGGUGUAUUUUAUUAUUAUUUCAUUUUAGUUUAAUCAAAAACUAAACCAAGUCGCCGGCCCUGUAAAUCGUGUUGCUUAUCACAUUCUCGUCUAAUGUCCGGCGACGUGGGGCACCUUCAUCACAGUGGAACCCCCACGUCGCCACCUAGUUCUGUUUUAAAGUACUUAUUGGCUGUGUUGUAUAAUAAUUAGGAUUCUUGACAUGUUAGAAUGUCGAAGCAACCCAACUUUAAUGAAAAAACCAUUAACGAGAAACUAAAAAAAAUGUGAGCCCCACGACUGAGUUCUUGGUUUGACUGGUUUGAUGUUAAAUAUCUUAAAAAAAAAAAACAAAGAGAGUUAGCUGGUCACCACCCGCGCAGGUCAUUACACAUUUUAUUACUUACUUUAUAUUUUAUAUUACACGUUUUAGUUAUGUUAUGUACCAUAAUCAUUUACACUUUGUGAAAUUUUUAAACCUUUUAUUUUCUAUACAUACAUAUUAUAUAUACACACAUACAACUUUUUUUAUAUGGACAAACGGCGUCCGGACGGGCAACGGUACGAUAGUAUUUUUAUUUAUUUUCGUUUAUAUUGAGUGCGUUGUUUCCGGCGUCGGCGGGGUUUAAUUGAAAACAUGCCUGGAUCUUAAGAUUCGAAGGUUAGAUUAUUUUAAUUGGUGGAUCAGUUUUAGCAAUGCAGUUUAUCUGGUACAGCUGUUGAUGGUUCUCUCUCUCUAUGUUUGUACUUAUUACUAUUUUAUUAAAUUUGUACCACAUUUUUGUAAAACGUAUUUGGUAAAUAAAUUUUAAAUUAAAAUCUAAACUAAGCUAACCUUGUGAUCUUUUGAUGUUGGCUUAGGGGGAAUUUAGGACUGUAACUUCAUUCUUAGGUGGUAAGUAUGCGGAUCUCUGUACGGUACCACUCGAGACGUGACUGUCAGUUCUUACAUUCUCGAUAAGCAGCUAUUUAACUUGUGACCGAUCGGUGACGAUAUGUUUUUUGCACAUUACUCAGUUAUAUUAAUUUAAUUAUACAAUGUAAAGAUUAAGUGUGAUGAAUACUUUUUUAGUUACUAAAAGGUGAACGGGCCGGAAAGUGUGGGUCGCCACCAUCUCAGAUGUAAGUUUAUUAUUAAAUCCCGGUCGCCCCACACUUUCCGCCGGUCUCACCCAUUAAAUUUCAUUUACUUUUAGCUUGUCCUACGUUUUAAUGCUUCUGAUCUUUAAUGUAAUUACGUUAAUUUUAAAUAGUUUGAUGGCUCAAGAUUAGUUCAAGUUAAAACUAAAUGGAAAAGAAGGCUGAAGUUAUUCAUAAAUAAAUAAUAUCGCAAUUUAAAGUGUGAGAGUGUUUUUUAAUUUUUAUAUGUACUGUCAUAUAUUAAUAUUAUUUUUUUUAAGUGAAGAAGUGGAUUAAUUACAGGCUUAGUCUCAAUUCCGUGUCGCUUGUUAAUUGUUUAACAAUAAUUACUAAGAUAUGUGGCAGAACUAACGAUUAACUUGUGACACCCAUGAAUAAUUUAUUUGGUAUAUUUCGUUGAACAGUAUUUAAUAAUCUUUUUCCUGUGAUAACUUUGUUCCGUUCACCGAAAGAACACAAUUGCUAUUAUUAUUACCCUCUUGCAGUGGUGUGCUCAUGUAAACAGAAAGGCUGUUGCCUUACUCAUGCCUAGGCAUUUCAGGUAUUUUUCUAAAUAAAUUUAUUUAUUAAAAACGAGAAAUCUCCCCCCUAUUGUAGUACCGUGUUAUGUUAGUUUACCCUGGUCGUGUAUACCACUGUAUGUACCAAAGUUCUUCCUGUUUAAAAAAAAACUAAGACUUGGCAAGUUCCACUAGUCACAAAUUAUGUUUGAGUUUUUUUUUUCUUCAGUUUCUCGUUCCUGUAUCUGUCAAAUUGUUAUAUUAGGAACAUUAAAGUAACUUGUUGAAUCGUACAGCAUUUCAUUUCUAACUAAUGCCACUAGUUACUAACAAUAUUUUUAUUUUUAUAAGCAGGGUAAGCAACAUGCAAUAAAAUGAAUAUUUAAACUUGAA